CUCUCCUUAUCUCCUGCUACCAGGACCUUGCUCCCCAACACUCAGUGUGUUCAGUUCUGUCAAACACACCCUUUAAGAAGCCCUUGGUUUAUUUAUUUUUUCUAUUGCACCUUCCAGAAAGGCACAGUUGGUCAUUUUUCCAGAAAGUCCUAGGAUUCUACAGAAGCUGGGGAGCUCAGCCGCUGCUCUCUCCUAUCACAUCUGGAAGACUUGUUCUACACCUUCCUGGAACUUGUGGAGAAGUCAAGUGAUCCCCUCAAAGCCACAGAAUCUCCCUGGGAAGCCCUACAGCCCUACUACUUGGAAAGGCCUCUCUGUCUCCAGCAGCCAUGGCAAACACACAAGGUCGAGACAUCUUUCCACCCAGCUGCUCCAUCAUCUUCCUCCUCCUGCAGCUUCUGUCCUGCAGCCUCUCUGCAAACGGGAAAGCCGAUUUCUCUGUCUCUGGUCCUGGCCAACGGGUCCUGGCUAUGGUGGGGGAAAGUGUGAAGCUGCGAUGCCAUCUGUCCCUCAAUAUCAGUGUGAAGGACAUGGAGGUGAGGUGGUACAGGGAGGAGCUGUCCCCAGCUGUGCACCUGCGCAAGAAAGGCAAAGAUGUGCCAGAAGAGCAGAUGUGGCAGUACGAGGGCAGGACGACCUUCCUGAUGUCCGGGCUGGCCCAAGACCAAGCUGUUCUGACCAUACACAAUGUCACGGUGUUCGAUAACGGGACCUUCCACUGCAAGUUCAAAGAUGGCAUGGCGUCUGCGGAGACCACCCUGUGGCUAAGGGUGGCAGGGCUGGGCUCUGAGCCCAGAAUCCAAGUGCGAGCUGGCCAGGAUGAAGGUAUCAGGGCAGAGUGCACCUCGGAGGGCUGGUACCCAGAGCCCCAGGUGGAGUGGAGAGACUUCAGGGGACAGACCCUACCUUCCACGACCAACCUCACAGUGUCGCCAACAACGGGCCUCUUUGCGGUGGUGUCCAAUGUGACUGUCUGGGACAGGGACGUGGGGAACCUCUCUUGCUCUCUCUCCAACCCCCUCCUCCAGGAGAGGAUGGAGGCCAAGAUCUGCCUACCUGACCCUCUUUUAGCUCAGUUGUCCAGAAGUUUCCCAUCAAUGGCGUGGAGGACAGUGCUGCCUGUGAUCCUCAUUGUAGUGGGACUUGUAGCAACUGGAGCCACCUGUCUUUUCUGGAAACGUCAGAGGGACAGGGAUAGGGUACAGCUGGAAGAAGAGAAACUGUACAGAGAAGAGGAGCAGCUGUCCCAAGGCUGGCCAGAAGACGUCAUCUAUGUGAGCCCAUCCCUGGACCCUGACACUGCAAGCCCCAAGCUCGCUCUCUCUGAGGACAGGAAGACUGUGAGGCGGCUGUUCUUUGAACAAGAGCUGCCCAACGCCCCCAGCAGAUUCGACCGGGACCCCUGUGUGCUGGGCCUGGAGCAGUUCUCAGCUGGGAGGUAUUACUGGGAGGUCCAGGUGGGGCACAGGAAGGCCUGGAACCUGGGCGUGUGUCUGGAGAGCUUGGAUCGGAAGGGAAGGAUCCCCAAGUCCCCUCAGCACGGACUCUGGGCCCUGGAGCUGUACAAGGAGGGGUUCUGGGCACUUGCCUUCCCAAGAGUUCGCCUGCACCUUUCGGAGCCCCUGCAUCGUGUGGGCGUUUUCCUGGACUGUGAUGCAGGCAGAAUCUCCUUCUACAGCGUGAGCAAUGGAUCCCUCAUCUACGCGUUCUCUGGACUGUCCUUCUCGGCACCCCUGAGGCCAUUCUUCUGCCUCUGGACACAUGACCCCAGCCCCCUGACCAUCUGCUCAGAACGGCAGCCCCCAGAGGCCUUGGGGCCUCCUCAGGGUGAGGGACAGGACAGGUGGGAACCCUCCUCCAGCAAGACCCAUGAUCUCUCUGCUCCAGCCUGUCACCAAUUUGGGGGAGAUGUAUCCAUUCUAAGUCCCAGCUAGAUCACAUACAAGGGUGCACCUUUCUGGAUGAUCCUGUGUUAUCUCCACUUUCCUUCCCUGUAAAAUACUGACAAAAUAUUAUGGGCUGAAUCAUGUCCCCUCCAGUUCACAUGUUGAAGCUCCAACCCCCAGGGCCUCAGAAUGGGGCUAUAUUUGGAGAUGGGGUCUUUACAGAGGUGGUUCAGGUAAAAGGAAGUCACUAGGGUAGGCCCUGAUCCCAUCUGAUCCCAUGUGACUGGGGUCCUUAAUAGAAGAGGGGAUCAGGGCAUAGACACACACAGGGGACAACCGUGUAAGGACAUGGGGAGGAGAUGGCAUGUGCAUGCCAGGGAGAGAGGCCUCAGGAGGAACCAGCCCUGCCACACCUGGAUCUCAUGCUUCCAGUUCCCAGGACUGGGAAAAAAUAAAUGUGUUGUUUAAACCUC